CCUCUAAAUCAUCCCGGAAUUGGCUUCACCUGGGACCUGCGAGUGGUCAAAACCGACCCUUGUCGGGGACCCCAGAGAGGAGCCGCCUGGGACGGGUUCGCUCCAAUUAAAAAUCCCAAUAUGUGUAUUAGGAUUGGGGAUCUGACAAACCUGGUUCGAGUCCUGGCUCUCCACCCUUUGUGAUCUUUUGCUUCUCAUGUAACGUCUCAGCGCCUCAGCUUCUUCAUUUAUAGAAUACAGCUGGUAAUUCUUGCCUUGCAUGGUGAUUGAGAAGGUUAAAUGGGACAAUAAAUGCAAAGCUUAGAAUGAUACCUGGCGCAGACUGGAUUCUGGAUAAGUGAUAAUCAACCGCGAGAGUCGGCCAAGUCAGACCCCCGUGACUUUUCAGUGUCAAGGAGUCUGAGAAGGUUGCUUGGCUAGUGAAGACUCCAGCGAAAGGGGGAAGGGUAUAUGCGAAGGGGUAGAUGAAGAUCCAGUUUCGGACCUGAGACUCACUGGGUGACCAUUUAAUUGAGAUCAACGUGAAUGACCAGGUAAAAAGUGCAAGAGGAAUGUGCUAUGACUGAGGCAACUCAAAACUUUUUAUUAUCAAUCUCUACUUCGAUUCUACAAACGAAACUGUAUCUCUAGCAGCCUCUAAAGCCCAGGAGUCCAGUAAAUCAUCAGACUCAUGACUGAAAAAGAGGCAUUAUAAAGAAGAUGAAAGUCAGUCAGAAGAAGAAAAAGACUACAGAAGUUUUGGUGCCUCACCAACUUAUAAAGGCCUUCUAAUGUCAUUACAGAAUCAACUCAAGGAAUCGAAAUCUAAGAUUGAUGUACUUUUAAGUGAAAAGCUGAAUCUCCAGAAAGAUUUGGAAACCAGGCCCACACAGCAUGAAUUAAGACUUUAUAAACAACAGGUGAAGAAACUGGAGAAAGCCCUUCAGAAAAACAUCAAAUUACAGAACCUUAUCAGUCAAAACAAGGCUGAGGACACAGAGAAAAAAGAUGAGCCCAGCAAAGAUAACCAGCAGCAGGCCCUAAUUGACCAGAGACACUUUCAGGAUUUGUAUAAGUCCUUGAAAAUACUAUCUGCAGAACUGGUGCCUUGGCAUAAUUUAAAGAAGCAGGAUGAAAAUGAAGGUAUCAAAGUUGAAGAUCUGUUGUUUAUAGUAGAUACCAUGUUGGAAGAAGUUGAAAAUAAGGAAAAGGACAGCAAUAUGCCAAACUUUCAAACUUUGCAAGCUAUUGUUUCUCACUUCCAAAAAUUAUUUGAUGUGCCUUCUUUAAAUGGAGUCUAUCCCCGAAUGAAUGAAGUUUAUACUAGGCUUGGAGAAAUGAGCAAUGCAGUGAGAAACCUCCAAGAACUCCUAGAAUUAGAUAGUUCGUCCUCAUUGUGUGUGCUGGUGAGCACAGUUGGAAAAUUGUGUAGGCUGAUUAAUGAGGAUGUGAGUGAACAGGUUACGCGGGUAUUGGGACCUGAAGACCUCCAAAGCAUUAUCAUCAAAUUGGAAGAACAUGAGGAAUUUUUUCCAGCAUUUCAGGCAUUUACUAAUGAUCUACUUGAAAUCUUAGAAAUUGAUGACUUGGAUGCCAUUGUACCUGCAGUAAAGAAAUUAAAAGUACUUUCAUACUGAAAACAAAUCAUAUCAUUUUUACUGUGUAAAUUGCUUUCUUAGCAGUCUAAGUAUUUUGUAUGAUUGAUCUUACUUUGAGAAAAGGGUUAUAAAAUGUAUCUGCUCUCUGAAUUCAUCCUCUUCUUAACUGUUGUGUCCUUUUCCAUUCAUAUAAUUUUUAUUAACUUUGAGAUUCUUAUCUAGAAAACAGUUGUUAAGUUAAAGUAGUAAUUUAACUUUAGAUCCUUUAAUCAUUUCUUAAGCAAUUUUUGAGUGCUUAAAAUGUAAGAUUAUUUUAAAGUAUAGUGUGUGAGUCAAAGAGAAACUCAGGGAAAGAGACUGUAAGUAAUAGAAAGGUUGCAUUUAAGUUCAGGGUUAGUGAUCUUAGGGUCUGGGAACAAGGAAUGCCAAUGGCUCUCUUAAGCCCAGCCAGUAGGAAGCUAUUGCUUUCCUGGCAAGGAAAUGGCACAUUCUAUUAAGAUAUCCCUCAUGGCACUUGGCCUUUCAAAGCAGGAGGAAGAAAAGGAAGGAGGAAACGUUUUAUCUUGUGUUUAGGGUAGGAAAUGAAUUAGGAGGUAAUAUAGAUGAGUAGAUAGAAGUCUCUCAUAAGAAGUGUCUUUUUUGCAAUCUUGAUGUAAUGUACUUUUUAUAAGGGCAUGAGACCUCAAAUAAAAAUUUUAUGAAGAAUUUCCAAA